AUGUCACAAACUUCAAUUGAGCUUAUCACGCUGAACAGGGCUUCCUCAAAUGAAGCCGGCAAAUUACCAGAUACAUUUGAUGACCGCUCCGACUCUCGAACAGAUGCUGAAUUCUCGCUGCCUCCUGUUGAUGGUGGACGAAAGGCCUGGCUUUUCUUGGCUGCAUGCUGGGUUGUAGAAGCAGUGACCUUUGGUUUUGGGUUCUCAUUUGGUGUUUUCCAAGAAUACUACAGUCACAAUGAGCCUUUUGCAGGAUCGAGUAACAUCGCUGCUAUUGGAACAACCACAACUGGCAUGUUGUAUCUGGGAGCACCCUUCGUAGUCAUCAUAUGUCGCUUCUAUCCCCGCCAAGCUCGCUGGUUCACAUACGCAGGCCUCUUCGUCACGUCCUUGGCCAUGGCAAUGAGCUCUUUCUGCACGACUGUAGAGCAACUCAUCGCAACGCAAGGAGUAUUGUUCGGUAUAGGCGGUUGUUUCGCCUACUGCCCUUGUACUCUUUAUAUCGACGAAUGGUUUGUACGACGGAAGGGCUUUGCCUAUGGCAUCGUCUGGAGCGCCGCUGGAGCUGGAGGUGCUGUGCUUCCCCUGGUUCUUGAGGUCUUGCUUAAGAACUACGGGUUCCAGACAACCGUGAGAAUCUGCUCUGGUAUACUGUUUGGAGCUGCGGCCCCGUUGGCAUACUUUAUCAAGCCUAGACUUCCCCUCUCUGCUAUUAUUCACAGAAAACCUCUCAAUAUGCGAUUCGUCACGUCUAGGACGUUUUUGCUCCAUCAACUGGUCAAUGUGGUGGAAGCAACCGGCUACUUUCUCCCCACUAUCUAUCUACCAACCUAUGCUCGAACAACAUUCGGCACGUCCACCACCCUAUCCGCCCUAACCAUUAUUCUGGUCAACGUUGCUGCAACAGUCGGUCUCAUGGUCAUGGGUUCCCUCAGCGACAAGCUCGCAGUCACGACAUGCAUGCUCAUAUCAGCCGUUGGUGUGGGAAUAUCCGUCCUUUUAGUCUGGGGGCUGACUGCGUCUUUACCCGUUCUUUACGUCUUCUGCGUCAUGUACGGUCUAUUCGCAGGGUCUUGGGCUUCCAUUUGGCCUGGUAUUAUGAGAGAUGUGUGCCAGAAAUUCCAAGACGAGAAUGAGCAUGUUGACCCUGUCAUGGUGCAUGGCCACCUUUGUGCCGGUAGGGGAGUGGGCAAUAUCAUAUCUGGUCCGUUGAGUGGCUCUCUCAUCCGAGGCCAGCCGUGGCAGGGAAAGGUUAUUGGGGGGUAUGGAAGUGGUUAUGGUAUUUUGAUUUUGUAUACUGGUUUGACUGGUCUGGUGAGUGGCAUGAACUUUCUCUGGCGUUAUGUAAACGUUCUAUGA